AUGCUGAGGGCAUCUUUAGACAGGGUCUCCUUAGGACUUUCCCGGGUAAUUGAGGAGUGGGGAUUCCUAAGGUAUGUCGUUGCGGUGAAGAUGUUGCUCUCCACACCACCCAUGAUGGGAAAAAAUUCUUCGAGUGUACCGGAAACACCAUGGUCAGACGGUCAAGCACAUCUGAGAAUGUGGUGGGAAGAAGCAAUUACGGAACAGUUCGAUGUGCUCUAUGAUGAGCUUGACGACAUGAACACAGAACUUUGGCACAUCGCCAUGGACCGUCGUCGUUUCGAGAACCUUGCUCACGAGAUCCAGGUCAUCAAGGACCAUGGUCUCAAAUUACAGCGUAAAUCAGCAUUGGAGUUCAAGAUUGCUGUGGCGUGCGGUGCGGCAGCCCUCCUAAUGGCCUUUAUCCUAGCCUUUCUAAACUAA